AUGUCCAGCAAGACGUUCACUGAGCUGAAGCGCUGGUCGGGCCAGUAUACUGAGCGAGAUGAGAUUGGACAAGUGUGGAGGGCCACGCUCGUGGCGCUGAAGUGGGGGGGCGGAGGCGUCGAGGAGCAGUGGCUGUGGAAGCUCGACGGCGAGCCCAGCGCCAAGCCCAGCGCCAAGACCGACAUCACGCCCGACGCCAUGCCCGACACCAUCGACGACGACAAGAGCAAGGGCAAGGGCCCGGGCAAGGGCGGCAAGGGCAACAAGGGCAAGGGCAACGACAAGGACAAGAAAGGCAAGGACGGCAAGGGGGGCAACAACAAGGGCAAGGGCGGCAAGGACAAGGCCAACAAGCGCAAGGCCGACAAGGGCACGGCCGACGCGGCUGACGCGGGCAAGAAGGGCAGGCGCCGCUGA